CCCUCACAGCUGGUUAUGGUUUAACGCACUCUAGUAUCUCUCUCUCUAUCACACACAACACCACGAGCCCAUUUCUCAGCAGCUAAGCGUCUUUUCAUCAAUCAUUUCCAAAUCCAGAGAAAGUACCAGUUUUCAAGUUGGUGUGUAGUAGAUAACAAAAAGAAGUUGUUGAACUAAAGAAAUGGCCAGUCAGCAAAAAGAAGAUCUGCCAAGCACCAGCCCUCGUGCUGCUGGUUUUGGGGAAAUGGUAGUAGAACGAUAUCAAAAAAUCAGAGAGCAUGCAGAAACUUAUCCCUAUGUGUGGGCUUCAUAUAUCGUUGUAUAUGGCGGUUUCAGCCUCUGGGCUACCUAUAGAUGGAGAAAGCUUCGUAAGACCGAGGACAGAGUGCGAGUUCUUCAAGAGAGGCUACGCAAACUUGUUGAAACUGAAGAGGGUGCCAGCUCCACCAAGUCUGUUGAAAAGGCUCCAUCAUCCACUGAAAAAACACCCAGAUAGCUAUGUGCUAUUUCCGCCAAACCAUUUCCUAUAAAUUGCUUGAGUUUUGAACCGGAUGAGCUUGGCGUAUAUUUGCAAGAGUUUAGGAAAAUCUCAAAUGGAGUGUAGUGCAAUUUUUUUUUUUAGACAAACAGAGCGAAGAAAUUGUGCAUUCAUUACCCAUGAAAUUUCUUUAUGAACUUGUCAAUUUCUUGGAAGCAAUGAAAUCCACUGACUUCUACAAAUUUUGUUUGACUGUGUUAAUCCAGAGUCCGAAUAGAGCUGGAUAAAAUGAUAUAAAUUUGGUUGUUCUGUUUAACAUCUAUGCAUCGUCUAUUUACAAUUCCCGUUGGGGUUUAUUGUAACAAUUAUUAUCAAUUCUUAUUAUUUACUUUUUUCUUU